UGCAGGUCUCCGUUUCAAAGGGCUGAUAGUGGCUCCUCCCUCUCUGUACCUUGUGACAACAACAACUCAUCCACAGAGCAGAGGCACACUUUUCUGCUCAUUUUCUUCCUGUCAUUCUCUCUCAAUCUUUCUGAGAGCCCCAAUUUCAGCACGGCACCUCUUCACAGCCAUUCGCGCGUCGGCGGAGCGCACUCGGGGUGGAUUUCUGCUUCUUUGCGCUACUUUUUCAUACUGGCUCUCUUUCCCGUCUGAACUUAUUUGUUAGAUGCAGAACACCAUGGCCGUACCGGCUGCUCUGAUUCCCCCAUCGUCUCUGGUCCAGCCGUGUCCGAUCUCAACUUCUUCGUCAGCAUCAUCAGCAUCAUCAUCAUCAUUCUCCGCGACCGCAGCAUCAUCAUCCUCGCCUUCGGCCACUUCUGCGUCUCCUUCUCAGUCAGCGACCCAGAAUCUGUUCCGCACGGAUCUGAUCAGCACCAACACCAGCAGCAUCCCACUGGCUGGCAAGCCCGUGUAUACUACCCCGUCCCCUGUUGAAAACACCCCGCAGAAUAAUGAGUGUCGGAUGGUGGAGCUCAGGGGCGCCAAGGUGGCCUCUUUCACGGUGGACGGACAGGAGCUCAUCUGCCUGCCCCAGGCGUUUGACCUGUUUCUCAAACACCUGGUCGGGGGUCUGCACACCGUCUACACCAAACUCAAGCGGCUGGAGAUCACGCCGGUGGUGUGUAACGUGGAGCAGGUCCGCAUCCUGCGCGGACUGGGGGCCAUCCAGCCCGGGGUCAACCGCUGCAAACUCAUCUCCAGAAAAGACUUCGAGUCCCUCUACAACGACUGCACUAAUGCCAGCUCAAGACCCGGGAGGCCUCCGAAACGGACCCAGAGUGUAACAUCGCCGGAGAACCCUCACAUCAUGCCGCACUCGGUGCCGGGCCUCAUGUCGCCGGGAAUCAUUCACCCCACAGGCCUCACAGCCGCCGCUGCAGCAGCUGCGGCCGCCACCAAUGCUGCCAUCGCAGAGGCCAUGAAGGUGAAGAAGAUCAAACUGGAGGUGAUGAGCAGCUACCAUGGAAGCAACACCCAGCUCGGGGCCGACUCAGAGAACGGAGACCUCAGCUCCAGUCUGGGCUUGGAACUGCCGUUUAUGAUGAUGCCCCACCCCCUGAUCCCUGUCAGCCUGCCUCCCGCAUCCGUCACCAUGGCGAUGAGUCAGAUGAACCACCUCAGCACAAUCGCCAAUAUGGCCGCCGCAGCACAGGGACAGAGUGCCCCAUCCCGAAUGGUGACAUCAGUGAUUAAGGAACGCGUCCCCGACAGUCCUUCCCCUGCCCCCUCUCUGGAAGACGGCAGGAGGCCGGGGAGCCGUCCCUCAUCCCAGCGCAGCAGCAGCGUCUCCAGCUCUCCCGCGCACACGGAGAACUCCUCCGACAGAAUGCCUGUGCAUCAGAACGGACUGUCAAUGAACCAGGCGUUACUGGGCCUGUCUCCCAGCAUCUUACCUGGGCCUAAAGAGGGCGAUCUGGCAACUCAUGACAUCAGCCACGAGGCCAAGAGAAUGCACCUGGAGAAAGAUGCCAUUUCACCCGUGCGUUUCUGGAUGCUGUCGCUACCUGGUGCCGGGUGA